GAAUCGUUCGAUCGAAAAAAUUCGAAAUCGUUUACCAUUGUUGAUGGUCAAAGAAUCGAUAUUAAUCAAAUCGAAUCAAAAAAAAAAAAUUUUGCCAAAAUUCUUUUCAGAUCAAAUCGAUCAAUCGAUCAAUGAUGGAUUAUCAGAAUUUACUUCGAACUGCUGAACAAAAUUCGGAACAACGAGCUUUGCUUCAACGUCGAUUGAAUGGAUUGAAACGUGGUGGUGUUGGUGGUGGACCAGAUCCAGCUGCAAUUGCCCGAUUCAAGGCCCGAAAAGAACGUGAAGAACAACAACGUUUACUUCGUGCACAAGCAGAAAAAGAACGUUUAUUAGCAUUACGUGCACAAAAUUCCAAAUCAAUGCGUAAAGCAUCAAUGAUGAAAUCAAGAACAAAAGAUAAUAAUUUUGGUCGAAUUGAAACUACUGAUAAUGAUCGUAUAAUUGAGGAGAAAAUUCGUAAAAAAUCCAUUGAUGAUACAAAAGAACGAAUGAAAGCUCGUAUUGAUUUGGAUCAACAAUUGAAUGGUCUUAGCCGAAAAGAUCGUGAUAAAUUAAUGAAACGAAUCGAACGGGAAGAAUCGGUAAAAGUUUCACCGAAAUCAACGAAAAAAACAAUAUCCGAUGUGAUAAAAGAAUCAAAGUUGCAAAAAUUAAAUUCGAAUGAUAAGAAAACGAAAACAGCAGCACCACCACCACCACCAUUAUCAUAUGAAGAAUUACUUCGAAUUGCGGCAGAAAAAUCAACGAAAAAAUCAUUAGAAGAUGAAAUUAAAGAAGAAUUAGAAUUUCAACAGAAAAAUUCUGAAAAAAAACGUCAAACAUUAUUGGCAGCUAAAGACAAACAACAACGACAAAUUGAUGAUGAUUGUUAUCGAAAUGGUGGUGGUGGUAAGAAAUUGGAAAAAUCGAUCGAAUCGAAACAGCAACAAGCAACAAUCAAAACACCGAAUUCAUCGCAUUCAAAAUCGAUGGCGACUACGACAGCAACAAUCGUUGAUCGAAAUCAUUCGAUGAUGAAGGAUAAUAAAUCAGACGCUGUGACUAAGCGAAUGAAAAUGGCAACCGACGACUACGAACAACGAUCAAAAAUGAUUGAUCAAAAUGAUAGAAAAAGAUUGAUAAAUCGUGAUAUUGAUCGUAAUUUGAAUCAAAAGAAUGGUAGACCAUCAACGCAGCAACGACAAGUUCCUCAACAACAACAAAAAGUGCUACCAACAAAAUCAAUACAAAAUACAACAACAACAAAAACUUUAAAUUCAACAAAUGGUAAUCGAUUAUCGAUGAUGGCAAAACAUUCGAUUAAUAAUAAUGGUGUUGGUAGUAAAUCAAUGUUAUCAUCAUCAUCGAUGGCCAAAUCAGGUCAGCAAACAAGAAUGCCGCAAUCACAACGUCAACAACAACAACAACAACAACCAAAACCGAUUCGAACGUUAUCCACUGUAAAUAUGUUCGAUUCGAAUAAAUCAUCAUCAUCAUCAGAUUGUUUAUCAACAAAACAAAUGCCACAAAAAUCUUCUGUGAUAUCAAAAACUACUUUUCAAUCAUCAUCAUCAUCAUUGAUGGAUAAUCGUAAUCGAUUAAAACAACAACAACGACAGCCAAUAAAUAAUCAACAACAACAACAACAAAGAAUGCUACCACCACCAUCAUCAAGACCAAAAUUACCACCAAUUGGUGCUACAUAUCGUCGUGGUAUUUAUAAUGAUUAUCAACAAAAUAAUCAUCAUUAUGAUGAUAAUGGUAUGGAUGAUGAUAAUGAUGAUUAUGAUGAUGAUGAUGAUGGUUUGGAUGAAGAAUAUGAUGAUGAUAUGGCUGAUUUUAUUGAUGAUGGACCAAUUGAACAACCCGAAGAACCAGAAGAAGAAUAUUCACGUCAUAUACGUGAAAUAUUUGGUUAUGAUAAAAGAAAAUAUCGUAAUAUAAUUGAAGAUGAUAUUGAAGAAGCAAGUUAUGGACAAUGUAUGAAAGAAGAAAUGCGUUCAUUACGUGAAGGUUUACGUGAAGAUUUAGAAGAUAUUCGUCGUGAAGAACAGGAAAAACGUUUAAAAGCAUUACAGAAAAAAGCUAAAAUGAAACGUUUAAAAGGUUAUUGAAUUGAUUGAUUGAUUGAUAAUGAAUUUUUCAUUUUCCUGAAAAACAAAAUAUUACUUGCAAUUUAACACUUUGUGAUCCACUGUUUCCUAUUUUCAAAUUUGAAAUUAUUAUUUUAA